AUGAGUGCACAAGUCUACAAAUCCAAGCACAUACCAGCCUCCGUGCCAGCCGAGACUUCUGUUUGGCAAUUCCUGCUUCGUACCGACGUCGACGAUAUACCCAAAGACAAAGUGAUCUGGCAGGAAGCCGAGCACCCAGAGCGCACCAUCAAUUAUGGAGACGCACCGAAUUUGUUUGCGCGUGGCGCUACCGGGCUUCAGCAUGUUCUCGGGCUCAAGCCGCAAGACACGAUUUUAAUCUUGGGAAUGAAUGACCUGAACUGGGUAACGCUGGCUCAUUCUGCCGUAUGGGCAGGCAUUGUUCCCGCCGGUGUAAACAUUGUCGCCUCUGCGUACGAGCUGGUGCACUACAUUACAGUGACCGAGUCCCGAGUGGUCUUUUGUGAUUCAUCGGCAAUCGAAAAAGUUCAGGAGGGAAUCGCCAUGUUGCCCAAGAACAUUGCCAAACCCACCGUGGUAGGCCUCGGUGAGCGAGGGUCAUUAUCGCUUGCUUUCCCUCAAGACUUUGUAGGGGCAAAGGAGCCAAUGCCGCCUGUGGAUCUCAGCGGACAAGAUAAUGGCAAGUUUGUCGGCGGGAUAUGCUUCAGUUCGGGAACGAGCGGGAAACCAAAAGCCGUACUGCUGAGCCAUCGGAAUAUCUUGGCAUACAUCUCGGGGUCUCGGACAACUGUUCCAGAGCAUGUAAACUUCAAGGAAAGAGAGGUCUUUUAUGCGCCAUUGAGCCACAUCUAUGGGUUUAUUGCAGCGCUCUUUGUCCCAGCUUUAUCGGCGACGCAAAUGGUGCUAUUGCGAAAGUAUAGUUUCCGGGAUUACAUCUCAGCUUGCGUCGCGACCAAAGCCACUGUUCUUCGCAUGGUUCCCCCGACCGCUGUAGCCAUGGCUAAAGAUCCAUGGGUAACGCAACAGGAUCUCACCGGAAUCCAUACAAUAUACUGCUCUGGUGCAGUCCUACCCCCCGAGAUCAUUGCUCGCUUGGAACAGCUCAUGCCGAAAUCAUCGAUUACGCAAGGUUAUGGAAUGAGCGAAGCUACUAUAACAAUACUGAAAACGUCGUCAGCGAAACCGAAAGCUGGCAGCGUGGGAAGGCUGGUCUCUAAUGCCGAGUUGAGAGUUGUUGAUGACGACCUCAAGGAUGUAUCGCCCGGGUCUCAAGGCGAGAUUCUCGUCCGAGGUCCUACCGUGUUCAUGGGCUACAAAAAUAACCCAGAAGCGACAGCGGAAGCAUUCCCCUUUCAAGAUGGGUGGCUACGAACUGGAGAUGUGGGACGUAUUGAUCAAGACGGCUUUGUCUAUCUGACUGACCGCAAAAAGGACCUUAUCAAGUUCAAAGGGCUACAAGUCCCGCCAGCCGAGCUCGAGGAUGUCCUCUUGUCCCAUCCCCUUGUGACAGAGGCCGGCGUCUGUGCCACGUGGGACGAUGCCCAAGGAACCGAGAUACCGGUAGCGUACGUGAGCUUGGCCCUGACGGUAGCUCCUUCAGAUCGGGAUCGCGUUCUCGCCGAGGUCAGGGCGCACCAUGAUAAGCGUGUUGCACCUUACAAGAAGUUGCGUGGCGGGUUGUUCUAUCUUUCGCCCCUACCCAGAAAUCCCACAGGCAAACUUUUGCGGCGCGAACUGCCGGCGAGGAAGGAAGCCGGCGCAGCAGCACGUCAAGGUGCUUCACAGGAAAGAGCAAAACUAUAA